AUGGAGCCUUCGAAGCUCCAAUGCAUCAUCUGCCCCGCGCAGCCCUGUUUCAGCGACACAUCUCAUCUGUUGACUCAUAUCUCCUCCAAGGCACACCUGUCUUUCUACUUCAAACUUCAAGUCCGCAGCCACCAGGAGGAUGAUGCUAUUGGGCUACUCAUGCGAUAUGAUCAUUGGUUCAAUACAAACAACCUUGCCCAAUUGCUAUCCGACCGGAGUACUACCAAGGAAGACAAAAGGAAGAAACGGAAAUCUGCAGCCCAAGACGCACCCCAGCUAACCGCUAUCAACCAACAACCACCCCCGAAAAUAUCCUUCCCAACCGAGCCUGUCUAUCAUAGCCCUCAGGCACUCGACAAUCACGGCGACGUGAAACUGGAAAUUGAUAGUCAGGACUCAUCUGGGUCGUCCUGGUACACCGCGGUCACAGAUAUGGCAACUGAUACUUCGGUGGUUUCAAAAGUAGCUAUUGGUACUGGCUCAUCACAGACAAUGGGCACUACAAGAGGAGAUGAGUGGCAUGAAUGUGCUUCAUACUGCGUUGAUGAAGGCAUCCGUACUGCGACCUUGCCGGUAACGCCAACAGCCUCACGCGUCAGGUUUCAAAACAGUGACAUACCUUGGAGAACGGGCAACAAACCCUCGCAUGAAGUCAUCGAUGCCAGAAGCCACGGCGAGAGCUUGGACAGUGCCGAAGCCGACAAAGAGCGGGCUGAUGAAAUGUCGAGACUUAAGGGUGUGCUGUGGCCGGGCAUGGAUAUAUUUGACUCGGCCACGCAGCUGAUGCGGCGCAAGCGGAAUCAGAAGAAAGACAGUAAACUAUUGAAGAUGAUGGAAAAGACAUCCUCCCAAGUGGAGCCCACGGAGCUCAUCUUCUCACCCACUGGAACUUUGAAGAAACAGCGUGUUAUAUCGGGCAAUGUGGAAGAUGACAGUCCUUUAAAGGGAGAAACUCCAGUCCCCAAGCCCCGCCAGCCUCGCUCCAGGAUACGUACCCGACAAACCGCCCUUCGCUCGACUGACCCGAACCUUCCACGUGCCCAAGACCGCAAGCGAGCAAAGAAGACCCCUCAAGUGCAUAAGGCUGACUAUGAGUGGCAUGAGGACAGCUCUUCGCUUUCUCGCCAAUCUGCUCGUCUGCAAGGUCUCGGACCAUCUUUCAAACCGGAUGAUGAUUUUGCUCUUUCCACCAAGGCAUUUGGACAGCGACCUCGCAAAGGCUUCGCUAUUUUUGCCGACGGUGAUCAAGAUGAGAAGAAUACCCCAGAUCAACAAGCAGCCCGUCAGGCUCCCCCGAACACAGUGACUCCGGCACGACUCAUCAUUCAAAGCAAGUCAGCCGCUCACCACUCCCACCAGACUGAUCAUUCCUCUUUGGAAAAAGAAAACAUCGAGCCCAUCCUAAAUCCCCAGGGCCGCAUAGACCUACCUUCUUGGAAUAACUCCCCAUUUCUGAAGAGAUGUAGUCCCAAAGACGAUCUGUACCCCCGGUAUUUCCUCGGCCAGCCCCGGGCUUCUGACUUUGCAAGUGACAAUGUCCAUGGAGGAUUUGGGUUUUGCUCCAACCCUCUACUGACCCCGUCCACCCAGACGGGCUUUUACGACGACGACAAUCCGUUUGAGGUGAACAUAUCAGUGGGUAGCACUGACUGGACCACGGCCACACGCUCUGCAUCCUCUGAGGCGACCAUUUCUCAAGACGACCCUCAAGAACUCGCCAGACUGUAUCUGAAUGGCAAUGCCGACUAG